UAAUGGCGAACACUAACCCAAUAUCUCGUGACUUACAGGUCUGCUCGAGUCAGAAAAACUGUUCGAAACCUCAAUCUUUUAUUACAGAUAUUGUUGGUUCGGAUCAUUAAGCAAGUUUUUUUUGUUUUUUUUUUCCUGCGCAAGUAAAGAGCAUUCCACAUGUAAUGUCUGCAACUCUGCAAAAAUUGAUUACCCUUUGUGAUGACAAGGGAACUAUUGGUUCCACUGCAGCUCUGUGAUCCUUGCACGGAGAAACAAGUGAAGAACGAAAUCUGACAUCUGCUAGGUGUUGUGUUUACAUCUGAUAUACUUUUUUUUUUAAUUGUGCCUUGAAAAAUGACAUCUGAUAGCCGAAGGCUGAACUUUUUAUUUAAAGUUACGGGAAAACACCCUUCAUGAGCUCCCUCUUCGUAUUGUAAAACAAGACCCAAUGGAAUCUUCUGCGUUAAACGUGGCCCAUCAGCAGCACCGUAAAGCUGACACACAUCUCCGAUACAAACGGUUUGAUGAAGCUGUGCAGUGCCACCAAAAUGCUGCAUCAAUGUUGAAAGAAGCAAUGAAGCUUACUAGUGUAACGAGAGCUCUAGAAUCACUACAUUUACAGCAUGAUUAUCAUGUGAGACAGCAAGAAAUAAUAAGGUUGAAGAAGGAUCAGUUUGAAACAUUUAAGAGAGCUCUUGAAAAUAAGAAGAAGAUGUCCUUUAAGUUUGUGAAAGAUGAAAAUCUUUCUUCUCUGCAACAAGAGGAGGGAAAGAAUAAUCUUCAAUUAGCCAUUUACAAAACAAUGGAAGAAGCAGACUCACUCUUGCAGUUGCUUGUACGUCAUGGUGAUGGAGGAAGUGAUGCUGAUGACUCACAAGAAACAUGUGCACAGCCAUUAGCUGCUGUCAUAGAGGGCAGCAAACGACCUAAGGAUGAACAAACAGUGAUUGAGGAGCUUCGAACACUUAACAAUCAAUUGAGGGCCCUUGUAAUGCAGCUCGUCACUCAACUAGAUGCCAGUGUGCGUGAAACAGAGCGCCUGCAAUCUGUGGUGCAGAGAUUGGAAGCUGAAGCAGCUGCUCGUGAAAAUGCUCCGCCUGGAACAGGUAUAAUCAGUGAAAAUAAUGGUACCUCAGACUGCCAUCACACAGUGACUGCAGGAUCUGCAGGUGGAAGUUCUCCUUUUGUGUUCUCUCCCUGUGGAGACCUGGAGGGUGAUGCGAAUUCCUCACCCCGUGAGCUGCCUGUUCUUGCACCUUUAGAAAUGCCAGAAUUUGACUUCUCUGUCUUCAGUAAGAGAGCUUCUUCAGAUAGUACACUUUGACAACUUCAGUAUAUUGCUUUCAUGAGCAUUAUAUAAUAGCUACAAGGUUGUGAAAAGUUUCUUAAGAUAUUAUGAAAUAAGUAUGUAUGCGAUAAAGAGACAGAUGUAUAAAUUCUAGAAAAGUUGUAUGUAAAGGUGCCAAUAUUGUAAAUAACAAAGUUGUGUGUAUUUGCUACUACUUAUAUCACCAUCAUGUAUUUGAUACAUGAAGACAUUGUGUGACGAACUUUGACAUUGUCACCUAAUGUUAUAUCUCAGGAAUUACACUGUUAUUGCUGCAGUUUUGUGUGAGCUGCUUGUUGAUAGUAGCACACCUUAAUUAUGUUUGAUUUUUCAAGUGUAAUUUGUAACACUUGUGAACUUGACUUGACCGGGAGGAAAUUCAGUGCUUUAUGUUUAGUGUUUUUCCACAAACCUGGUUCAUUGAAUACAAUUUUGUAAUAUUUCUAUAUAAUUUCAAAAUCCCAGAUUAAAUAUUUUUUGUUAUUGAAUACUCUAAAAAAUAUUUUUCUCAUUUAUAUAUUGCGUUAAGGUAAAAAAAAUUCCAAAUUCUUUGAUGAUUUUUUUCUGUUUUUAUACGGGUAAGAUUCUGGGCAGUUGAUACCAAUUAAAUAUUAUACAUUGGACAUUUCCUUAACAAAGUAGUUGUAUUCUACAUGAGCAUGCAAGUGUGUGUGUGUGGUGUGUGGAGAGAGAGAGAGAGAGAGAAUAUCUGUUGUGUGAGGUAAUACAUAGAAAAGAAAUGAGUUUUAAUGAAUGACAAAUUCAGCAGCACAUCACUGAUUGCUAUGUUAUUUGUGUCACUGUUGAUAACAAUAUACAUCAGCAGUACAUAUGCCAUGCAUCAUGCAACAAGGCAAACUGAAGUAUGCCCCAGUAUUCAGAUAAGUGAAGCAAUAUCAUGCAGUACAUGUUUGACAAUACUUCUUAGACACUAGUCUGCUACUAUUUAAUCACACUGUGAUAUAUGUGAAUCCACUUCUUACCUAAAUAAACUUCUAGCAACUUA